UCAAGGGUGAAGAAACUGAAAAAUUUGGGAAACGAAUAAGUUCCCUUUUUUUUUUUUAUCGACGCACUGUACCAUAAAAUAAAUAUCAUUUGCCAUGCAUUGAAGCAAAUUUCAUUAUUCUUCAUAAUGAUUUGCCUCUUUUAGCGAACAAAAGCAAAUGCACUCAAUGCACUGGGUAACCGUAACUUAUAAAGCUUACUCCAUAGCUUCUUGUCGCAGCAUUGCUAUUGCCUCGCUAUUAUCUCGUUCUCAUUAUUUUUAUCUGUGAAACGAUCUUGCAAUGAGACAAUGUACCAUAUGCAUGCCUCUUCUGUUUUUGAUUGCGGUAUUGCCGUAUGUGGCGGGAUAUUGCAUCUACAAUAACCAUACGGAUGACACGUAUAUUUGGAUCCGCCAAAUUAAAGGCGCUGGUAGUACCUUCGAGCGGCGAUUUAAGCGGGAACGGCUACAUCGAAAUGAGAAGGCUUGCUGUCCCUACACUGUGUCGGAUUGUCAAGUGAACCGUGAUAGAGAUGCCCUUGUAGUUUUCGCUAUGAGGCAAAAGUUUCCUCAAGCCGAUGGCGAGUUCUUUGAAAUCAAUGUACCAGCCGGUGGCUCGAUUGUAUUUGCGGGCAACUACUACAACCCAACAAUCCAUGCGUACGACCCAUCUGGAGAACCUUUCAAAUUCGAAUUUCUGUAUAAUCCAAAUGACAGAAAGUAUCAAUAAUCAUGCCCGUGAUACAAUGCAAAUAAAGAGCUUCGCCGUGCGACUGUCAAAUCUAGCGAUACCCUCAACAUACAGAAAACAUCGGAAGAUUCUC